GAGAACAAGAAGAUAGACCAGUGUGGCUGGUUUGCGUCACUGUACAGUCCACAUCCCCAUCGUGCAAAGCUAACACGCAGACUGAGCGAGGAGCUGAUGUCAUCGACUUCACUAUGAAGCCUUAUAAUAGUUUACUUGUGACUAAGGCAUCGAGAGCUCAUCUUUGAAGCCUUGCUGGGGAACUAAAGACUUCUAUGGACACGACGACAUAAAAAUGACUGCUGCUAGACAGCCGGGCCUUUAUUAGCAUAUAUGAAAAGCAAAGUAGUUUGGAUGAAUAGAGUGUAGGUGGACUAAAAUGAACUCGCUCGCUUCUCUACAGUCAUUUGGAGACGUCUAAAUAAAUCCGGCAGAGUCAUCGAUUCUGGUUUUAGGGAUUUGACUUUUGACAGGUGGUCAUUAACUUUGUUUCUGCUCUGACAAUGGAUGUGUUCUUGCUGCACGCACCAGUGACCGAGUAUACCAAUCAAGGGACUUUGGCAUGCUUAUCUGUCCGAUCUGCCAACUCUUCCUCUGGCAGCCUCACUCGCAGGCCAGGUGUUAGGAAGAACUGUGCUUCCUCUGGAGAGGUGGUGCACACAACUGGAUUUGAUGGUUCAAGCAAGCGGGCCAGAUCGAUCGAUGGCCAGGAUUUCAGGGCGGGAGCCGUGUCAGACUAUAAAGCGUGGACAGUCAAUGUCAAAAGUUGGAAUGAAAACAAAGAAAUAUCAGGCAGCACUGUCUCUUCCAGUCUGACUCACAAUGGGAAAACAGACCAUAAAAACACAGACUUUGGCAUCAACAGAGGUCGAAACUCUGCAUCCGGGUGUCGGACUGGGACUGUUGGAGAUUGGAGGCAGAGCUUGCCGAGUCGAAGUAGGAGUGUCGACUGGAGGUCAGGGGAAAGCAGUCCUGAUCGGGAUGCACGGCGAUCCAACAUAGCUGCGUUGCUAAUGGAAGAAAACAAAGAGACCGGCAGGGAUACCGAAGGCCUGAGAAGCAGGUGCACGUUUUCAUCUAGAAGCUACAACUCUGCAGAUAUUUCUCCAAUCAGCAGAAGUCCUUUGGCCAAAAAUUUGGAAACAGUCUAUGGGGGUAACAACUCCUACCCUUCCCGGCGAAGGUCAAGCCCGGAACCCAUCGGUGACUUCGGAGAGACUGCAUCUUUUGGGACCAAAAGAGGCCAGAGUAUAUUGGAGCGUAUUGAGAAGCUCUAUGGCUCAUCUAAAUCUGAAGACUUGAGCAAAGUUACGGAUUUCUCUUCCUUAGAAAGAAACUAUUUCAAUGGCAGGGGCGAAGCUACGGUACACCAUCGCUCAGGCAUCAGCAUUUUGCCAAGCUCAUGUGAAUGGGAAACAGAAGAUUUCCCCAGGUGUGGCUCCAGUGGAGAAGGAAGCUACGACAGUCCACUUCUCGAGACCAAGACCGGGCGUUCGGAUACUUCACCCUGUUCAAGGAGCAGGGCGAGAUUACCAGAGGGACAAUGGGAAGAACGGAUCUAUGGGAGGUAUUCCGACCACGGUGGCGUUGGUAAAGUGUCCAUUGAGACAAUGUCUCUGGACCGAGCAAGGAGCAAGAACACCAGGGCUAGUCAGAUUAGAUCAGACAGGGUUGCCCAGACUUUAUCAGAGAAGCCAUCUUUUUGGGGACUAUCUGAGACUAAUAGGAUCAUUGGGACAAAGUGGGAAAAAUCUAUGCUGGAUAAGGCAACAGCGGAGCUUGAAUUAAAGGUUUAUGAAGAUGUGUUUGAGCCAAAUCUGAACAUCAGAAGAAACUCUGCAGGGUGGAAAACACACCCAGACACACAGUCGCCAUCGGUCAGUGUGAGAAACAAGAUCAAUCAAUUUGAAGCUCUGACACAGAGAUCCCAGGGUUUCGGAAAGGAACACAUGAUGUCCCGAAGGGCCUUUUCGGUGCCCACAAGACUCAACACUGCCCACGACGGCUUGAGGAGUGAGUUGGAAAAAGGUGACAAGUCUUUGGGUCUGAGAGAGUUAGAGGGGACAGACAAAGCUGAGGGAAAAGUAGGUCAACUGAAAGGUCAGUCACAAAGGUCUUUUUCUGCGGACGAGAUUGUUCAAAGGUCCGUGGUUGAUUUGACAAAGAAGGAAGGGACUAACAUGGAUCAUAUUUACAAAUACAUAGAAGAUGUCAGUAACUAUUCUAGGUUCAAGCAUACGGUAGAAUCACCCCUCAAGGAACAUCAUAUGAACAUCGAUGAACCCGAUUUUUGUAAAGUCUCAAGGAGAACUAACAAUACCGAGUUGCUAAGCUCAAGUGACCCCGAGCCACGCCCGUACGCUGAGCUGUCCGGGAUAAAGAAAGCAAAACCAUCCGUGAUUAUUUUAGCAGUUACUGAUGAUGACAAGACUCCAACAAACUCUCCAAACCACUCACCCUCUAGUUCUCCGACCCCUCUGCCAAACAGUACCUCUCAACUAACCCCGACUGACAACGCAAAAGCCGCCAAAAGCCUCGAGCGACAGAUCCCAACUUCUGGGCAACCCUUCGCUACCUCUUCCCACAGCAAGUUCUUUCCAGAUAUCACUGAGAGUGAGUCAAAAGGGAAGAAACAUGUGUUAGAUUUGGAUUCUUGGGUUGCUGGCUGGAAUGCCUGGCGGGAGGAUGAAGCUUUCGACGACGACGAUGAUGAUGACAGUACAGAGAAGGAUGACGAUUCUUCCUACGAUUCCGACUCUGGGGAGUCUUCGGUGACCAUCACCAGCAACAUGAGCCUGUCAGAUCGCAGGAGCUUCUCUCUCAGCCUGGCAGAAUUGUGUCACUUCACUGGAGCAGACUCCGACUUAGAGAACGACAUUGACGAGAGCCCACCGACGGGCAGGCGGUCGGCUUCGCUGAGCUCCGAAGUGUCGGCGCUGUCGUAUGUGUCUGUGCUACCCACCGAGGAACUUGACAAGCUGCUGGAGGAUGUCAGAAGUUUGGGGGACAGCAAUCUACAGGAUGAUGUGCAUGUGGUUGUCCUCCACAAAGAGGUGGCUGUUGGCCUUGGCUUCAGCAUAGCGGGAGGCGUUGACCAGAACAAACCAGUCAUUGUCCACAAGGUGUUCCCUACCGGUGUGGCAGCACAAGAAGGCUCCAUCAGAGAAGGCGACCAGGUCCUAUCCAUCAAUGGCACUGCCCUGGGGGGCCACAGUCACUGGGAAGCUCUGAGGGUCCUAAGAAGAGCUAAGACUCGAGAGAUGGGAGUGGUGGUACUGAGGAGGGGUGACGUUGGGUGCAUCUCAAAGGGGAGAGACACUCAGACUGAGGAACCAAUGCUGACUCAGACUUCAGAGACUGGUCAGUGUAUGCGUGUCCAUCUGGAGAAGAAAAGCAGAGAUCUGGGCUUCAGUCUGGAGGGAGGCAUUGGAUUGGGGAACAAACCACUCACCAUAAAGAAGAUCUUCCAAGGCGGCCCAGUCGACAAGAUUAGUCCCGGCGACGAGGUGAUGGAAAUUGAAGGUGUGAGCAUGUUAGGGAUGAGGCGACUGGAGGCCUGGACUUUGAUCCGACGACUUCCCACCGGACCGGUUGAUGUGGUAAUACGCCGGCCUCGUAAAAGUUCCGAGCCAUAGCCGCCACGGAAGAAAAUCUGAUCUGGACUUUUUGAUGGACUGUUCUGGGAUCAGACCAUCUAUAACCCAAUUUACAACACAAUUAUCCUCAUAUUUCUAACAAAGCCUUAACAGAAGGCCAUACAUUUGAAGGUAUUUAACACAUGCAUCUACCUCAAGGCCACAUGACACGUGUAUGUGAAGGAUUUUGUCUUAUAUACUGUGAACACAUGCUAACAGCAUUUUUGAGUUUAUAUUGCUUUUUAAUAAAGCUUAAUCAGAAACAGA